UAUCUGUCAGUGAUAUAAAGGAUCCAGCUGCACAGGCCUUUCCUUCUAUUUUAAACAACAAAUGUAUUAAUCAUUUAUUUUGAUACACAAAACAGCUGAACACUCCCUCUGCCCCACCCAGCCAAUCAGACGAAAUUAAACUACAUCUGCUUUAAACUACAUAGCUCUACUUUCUCUGGAGACUGUUUAAUUCUAGAAACGGUAUAUGUAAUAAUAAAUGUACAGUAAGUGUGACAGCUGUCAUGUCAUAUCACAGAUCACCGGGAAGAGAGGCGAGGGAAAGGAGGAAGGAUGUGCCUGUGCAGAGGUGUUUCUUGCAGGAGAAUAUGAGACCACCAUCAUUCAGGAGAAACAGGAUGGUCUUCCGAUACAAAAGGACCCAAAGGAAACCUCCCAGAAUGACAUCAAACAGUGCGAACAAAGUUUCAAACUCAACGUUGACCGGUCAGGGCAGUUAAAACUAGAGACUGUCGAGGACCUCUUUAACAUUCUGCAGCUGAGGAAGAGGAGGAAGGAGAGAAAGAUUCAAGUGCAAAAGAAACAGCCAGAACCAGAAAUCCUGCCGGAGACAGUUGACCAGAUCACGUUUCUGAAGGCUGUAACAGAAAAUAAAAUGCCUAUGGUUGAGAAAUAUCUCUCGGAUGGUGGGGAUCCCAAUGCCUGUGAUCAUUUUAAGCGCUCAGCUCUGCAUAAGGCCAGUGCACAGGGUCACAUAGACAUCAUGAAGAAACUCCUGGAUAGUGGAGCAUCCUGGGAACAAAAAGACAAGCUGGAUGCCACAGCUGUGCACUGGGCCUGUAGAGGUGGAAGCCUGCCUGCCCUGGAGUUUCUACUCAAUGAAGGAGCCAAAUUCACCUCUAGAGACAAGCUAUGUAGCACUCCCCUCCAUGUCGCAGUUCGGACGGGACAUUACGAGUGCGCUGAGCAUCUCAUUCACUGUGGAGCUGAUGUAAAUGCUAAAGACAGGGAUGGAGACACACCCAUGCAUGAUGCGGUGCGGAUAAAUAGAUUCAAAAUGAUAAAACUGCUGAUGAUGUAUGGAGCCAGUCUUAAUUCCGAAAACAAUGAUGGAAAGACACCUAUGGAGACACUGCAUUCAUGGCAGAAAGGAGUAAAAAACAUCCUGAAUAAUUUUAAUGAGGAGGCUGAACCAAAGUCAAACGACUCAACUUCCUUCCUACUAUUAAACUAGACUUUGUUCUUUCUUUCUUUCUUGUUUAACAGUCAAACUGAGCAGUGCUUUGCAAUAGUGAAAGAUAAUUGCAUCGAUGACUCUAAUUGCUGGCAAUAGAGCAUCAAGAUCCUUAAUAUUUUUUUCACCAAAAUAUUUUGAGAGAAUGGAAAUGUCAAGUAAGUGACAGUGGGUGUUUCUUUAUUUGUUUAUUCAGUCUAUGUAUUUAUUAGCUAUAUUUUGCAUUACCCUUAUGAUCUCAUUGACCACAUGUAUAAAAAAUGUUCAUGACAAGUUUGGAUCUAUUGAGACACUUCAUGGGCUGCUGCACUUGUAGACAGACUGGAGACAGAAAUGAUACAGAAUGUGAAUGCAGGUCUGAGAAUGUUUAGUUAUGUAAAGUUUUUGUGAUGGAUAUUAUUUUUGUACAUUAAUUGUUUUGUAAUUUUGGAGUCAACUGAGAAAGAAUAUGGAAAUGGGUAAAUGGGCAUCCCUUUCAAUAUGCACCAUGGUGAAAUGUGUUAAUGCAAAAUGUUAUUUCCCCUUUAAUUUAACUGUGAACCAUUUUAAUUUGCUGUAUUUAAAUAAAGUGUUUUGGUAUUUGUGCUUUA